CCUUGCCUACCACCACCGCAAUAAAUACAGAGGCCCCCUCAGGAGCGCCCCCUAGCGGCGCCCCAGCCACCUCCCCACCUUCCCUCAUCCUCUCUCACCUGGCGGGAGUGGGCCUUGGGCUCCGGCGGCUUGAAGAAAGAGUCGGGCAGUUUCCGGAGCCUCAUGGGCAGCGUGUGGGGCACGUUGGCGCCCUUGGGAUUCAUGACGGCGUUGAAAAGCGCCUCCAAGUCCGUCUCCGAGUCGCCACGGACAUGGACGAUUUGGUGGCCGGCUGGAGGGGGCCCGGAGACGGCGCCGCCACCGCCGGGCUGCUGAGAGGAGGAGGAGGACUGACCCGAAGGCGGCGGCUGCCCCGACGGAGGUGGCGGCGGCUGCGACUGCUGAGAGGCCGAUUGUGGUUGCUGCUGGGGCUGCCCGGUGGCGUCCAUGAUACAGAUUUAGAUACAAUGACCCAUGGUUGGAUUCCCACAAGCAUUUGAUGAUGAUGGAGAGAAAUUUAUCUAAGAACAACUCCAAGACUAAUGCAGGAGAGAAAUGCAACUGUAUCCUUAAAUAGAUGUUUUGAUCAUGAGCACAGUAACUAAUUUACUUUGGAAGAUUGUUGUGUAACAAGAAAAUGUUACAUCAAAAUUCACAACAGACAUUUACAUAAUCAUGUCAAGAUAGUCCUCAGACUCACAAAAGCAAGCAGUUGUAAUGAAUGCAAUCAAGUGUUUUAAUACCUUGGCUACAAGUACAGAAGAGCUAUCACAGUUCUCAUUAUUAAAACAUUAUAUAAAAACUGAAAGGAGAGAAUAAGAAAAAUAAUAAAAACUUAAGUGUGCCAAAAUAAUCUUCACACAAGUUAUCAAAGGGCAUGAUCCAGCCAAAGUUAUGCACUUUUAAGUUCCAUUGGUUUCAUUGGGAGUGAUCUGAGCAAAUGUUUACCUCUCCCAUUUUGGCAUUAUGGGAAAACUGUUUCAAAAUAAUGUCCAGGUGGUAUAUGAUUCCUGUGGUGAUAAAGUAAAUAAAAAUAUUGGAAAUGCAAAAUAAUAAUAAAAUAAAUGGGGGAACAGACUAUUUUUGCACAUGACGUGGGUAUGUGAGAUGGCCAAGUUUUGUAGAAAAAGAGAGAGAAACAAUGACAAUUUUAGAUUUUAAGAUUCCAUUAGAUCCAGAGAUUUUGUUGGUUGGUUGCUUGCUUGCUUAAGGCUGCAAUCCAAUGGAGCUUACUUCUGAGUAGAUGUACUGGAAUGCAGCCUAAAUUAUGUUGUAAAAGUUAGGAUCAUGAGGAACUGGUUUCUUAAAUGGUUACAGCUGCAAGAAUUCUUUAUAGGGGAAAAUGCAGGUCCUCAGUAAUACAAUCUAAUAAGGCAUGUAUGAGGAAAGUGUGGAAGUUUGUCUUAAUGUCUAAAUUAGCAUGCUAUAUAAGAUGGGGGGGGGAUAAGAGACGACAAAUUUACAAUAAACUGGAUGUCUUUCAUUCAGUAUAAAAAACAUGGUUUGUUGCCCAAGUCAUAUUAUGGUUUCACAAUGUUCUGAGAAUUAAAGUAGUCUGUCAAUGGCUGCAAAUUUUGUUGGAUGACUUCUUGAUUAUUUGUAAAUAUUUGUAUGUAUUGUUUUGGUUUUAGUAGGUCUUUGAAGAUUUAUAGUUAUUGAAAGCUGGAUUAUUUUGUGUAUACUGUUUCCUGUGCAUUUUUGUUUGGUGGUAAUAAUAAUGAUAAUCUCGUCCAUUAAAAUCAAAGUGAUUUAAAAGUGCUUUAUUGUGGCUUGAUCAUGCCGAAACAGUAUUUGUUUAACUUAGGCUUUAUUUGAUUGAUUUCAAAAUUAUAACGAAGAAUAUUUUCAGCUAUAUGCUUAAUACUCUUCCUCCUAGUGAAAUACUUACGUAAGCGCAGACUUUAAAAACGGUAGAUAUUAUGUUUAUUUCUGUAGUUUCAGGAUCCUUUUGAACACUGAAAUUCAUACAAAAUAUAAACCAUUUUUCAUAAAGACAACUGGACUAGUCAGAACCUAUAGUCUGAGAUAAUUAUCAAAGGGCUUAAAGAAAAAUUCAUGGAGGGUAGGGCUAUUAAUGGCUUCUAGCCAUGAUGGCGAUGCUCUGCCUCCAUGAUCAAAAGCAGUAUGUUUCUGAAUACCAGUUGCUGGAAACCACAGGAGGGGAGAAUGCUCUUGCACUCAGGUCCUGCUUGUGGGCUUCCCAUAGGGGCAUCUGGUUGGCCACUGUGAGAACAGGAUGCUGGACUAGAUGGGCCAUUGGCCUGAUCCAGCAGGGCUCUUCUUAUGUUCUUGUUAUUAUGUCUGGUAUUCAGAAGCAUACUGCUUCUGACCAUGAUGGCAGAGCAUAGCCGUUAUGGCUAGUAGCCAUUGAUCGACUUAUUCUCCAUUGACUAAUCCUUUUUUAAAGCCAUCCAAAUUGGCAGCCUUCACUGCCUCCUGUGGGAGCAAAUUCCAUAGUUUAGCUAUCCUUUGUCCAUCCUGAAUUUUCCAAUAUUCAGUACUUCCAAUCUGUUGAGAACCCCUUAUUCUAAAUCUCCCUUUAGGACUGGUGCUUCCACUAUCCAUGGCAAGGAUAAGUGAAGAAAUCUGUACGUUUAAUGUGUUGCUGUUCAAUCUGUGGGUUGCUGGAGUAAGCACAUUCUAAAACCUUGUUGGGUGCUCUCUACUUGGCUGCCAGUUUCUGUCUAUUUCUUCUGUAGAUAAAACUGUUCCGUAUAAAAUGACAAGGAACAGCCUACACAUGUAUACCCUUGGUACAAAAUUGUUUCCUGCCCAGUCCUGCUUAGUUCUGGUCAAAUAUAUGAUGCCAUGGUAAAACUGCAACCUGCAUCACACCAACAGAGAAGCCAUGUAAUCAUUUCAUGAUUUUCUCUGUUAUUACUUGAAAAAAGAUGACUAACUGAAUAUAAUAUUUUUAUUGCAGAUAAAAUGUGGUAUUGAGCCUUUUGAUUUCAAAUACCUUCAGAGCACCUGAAACAGAUCUGUACAAUUUCUAACUAUUUAAAUAAAUUGAACAUUGCUGAUAUUUGCAUACUCAGUUUCUGAAAAUCAGAACUGAGGCAAAUCAGGUGGACAAGGUCUUAAAAAAGGGUGGCCUAAAACUAUGAAACUUUGGCCCUCCUAUCAUAUAACAUCAAGAAUUGAUUGGCUGGCUCCAAGAAAUAAUAAAUGCCUCUUUAUGAGAAAGUGUGGACUGACCCAAAAUUCCUAGCAAGUUUCAAUAUCAUCAACCAUAGUAUCCUGCUGGAGAGACUAUCAGAAGUAGGGGUGGAAGUAUGGAGCUCUGUUUACUACAAUGUGUUGUACAUGGUGCUGUUCUUGAAGACAAUUCGUGAUCUAGUUAGUACAAAAUACAGCACCUAGAUUACUAACUGGGAUUGAAGGCACAGCAACAUUGGCGGGCCAUGUUUUUGGCAUAAAAGCGAAGGCAUUUUCCAUCAGGAGAGUCAAAAAAAUGAAAACAACUAGGAUUAUUGUUGUCAGUUACACAUGCUGGACACUCAGAACGAGCUGCAAACUAACCGUUUUUUACGCAAGGGCAAUAUGUAAUAUUCAUGCGAAUUAGAUAUAUUUUAUAACUCAUAUUCUUUUUUUGUUUUGUAUAUGAUUCACUUUGUUUUCAUUUUAUGUACAUUGUUUAGAGAUUUAUUGCUCAAUUAUGUUACUUAAAAUGUGGAUUAUUGUUCUUAUGAUUAGCAACUGUAUUGAAUGUAGAAUUUAUACUGAUUUUUGUUGAAAUGCAAACCACUUUGAGAUUUUUUGAAAUAUAAAGUGGUAUACAAAUUAAAUACAUACAAAUACAUACAUCAUAUCUCGCUAGACAUAAAACAACUACAUUGGCUACCAGGCUCAAUUCAAGGUGCUCUCAUUCUUUUAAUGUGGUUUUAAAUUCAGCUGCAUAUUGUUUUAUUCUGCCUCCACUUGGAAAAGUUUUAUGCUGUUAUUUUAAUUGAUUUUGGUCAUUUUAACUAUUGUAUUUUAAACUACUGUGUAUAUUUGUUUUUACUUUACAAGCCACCUAGCGAAUUUUAUUGCUGGACAACCAUAUACAUUUAAUUAUAAUGAGGAUGAUGAGAUGGUGAUGUCCCAAGCCAUUUCAGGUUUAAGGACCUUCUUCCCCCACAUGAAGUUGCCUGAUUAUUGAGAUCCUCCUCAGGCCUUUCUUCGGGUCUCCCAGUCUUCAGAAGUAAGGCUAUUAUUUAUUUAUUGGAUUUCUUACCUGCCCUUUACCAUAAGGUCCAAGGGUGGAUUCCAACAAUAUAAAAAUAUAAUAUUAAAAAUCAGUUAAAACCAUUUGCAAUCAUAUGAAUAGGGUGGGUCCUAAAACUACCUCUCUCAGGUGUCAAAGGCCAGGGAAAAGAGGUGCGACUUUAGCAUACAACAGUUAUUUAAUGAAGAUGCCAGAAGCACCUCUAUGGGGAAGGAAUUCCACAGCUUAAGCACUGCCACAGAGAAUGCUCUUUCCUAGCAGUGCCCCAUGCUAGAGCUAUUUCUAUUGUGGCACUCUAACUUUGGAAUGCUCUCUCCAGGGAGGCCCACCUCGCACUAAGUCUAAUGUCUUUCCAGUACCAGAUGGCAAAAAACUAACUUGGUUGGGGCGUCUAACUCCUGGGUUUUAUACUGUUUUAAUCCGGUUUUUUAAACUCUUGUGCUGUGGCUUUAUAAUUGUUUUAUUGUCUAGGCAAGCAACUCUAAAACAAAUUUUAAAAAUUCACAUAAAAACAAAUUUACCUCACUAGAUCUUUAUAUAAAGCCUUUGUUGUUUCUAAGUAUGGACCAAGUUCAUCUUCAUAUUGACAAAGAGCUCCUCCAAGGCAAAGGUGCUUAAAAAGACAGAAGAGAAAUUCCUCACGGUCCAAAUGGCUGAAUAAGUCAUAGUGGUCUGAAUCUUCCUGAAGAAGAACCUUUCAUGAGACAAGGAGGGAAGACAAUGUAAUAUGGGGAAUGUUUUUAAUAUAAAAUAUAAUACAAUAAUAUAUUUGUUAAUUACAAAAACAGAUUACUUUGUAUUCUCAAUGGUUUCUGUUUAUAUGUACACACAACAAAUUUGAUAAUUAAUUUGGGCAUAGUUUUUAAAAAAUCAUCAUAAUAAAGACCUUGUAUACAGCCAGUACAGAUGCAAGCCAUUAAGCUGGUGAAGGGGCCCAAGGAGAUCAUAUACAACUGUUAGGGAUAAAUUGAAACCCCCAGUGCCUGUAAAACUAUAAUUCUUGGGCUUGGGCUUCAUGGGAAAUAGAACCAAAGUGGCCUUUAUAUGACUCUUGAUAUAAAAUGUCGGUUUAUUUCCUGGUGACCUGACCCUUACCUACAUUCCAGUGGCUCGCAUAAUAAAAGCCGGUUUAAGCUGGAAACUUCCCUACUAUGCAUUUCUGUAUCACAUUUAUGCUUAUGGCCUUGCUUAUUGUUACAAACGCUCCUUGCAUAGAAAUGUCAAACGCUAUUCCCAAUGCCCCUCAUAUCCUUGACUUGUAAUACUCCUUUUGAUAUGUAAGCAGAGUAAUAUCAUGUCUGUCUCCAGUUUAGGGGGCGCCCGGUUGCAGCUGGGCCUCCCCUCAAUAGUUGCCUUUGUCUGUUCCUGCAUAGUGCUUAUCUCAAGGACAUGCGAAAUAUGCAGACAUAGAGUCUGAAAGAUAGUCUUGAUGUUUCUACUUUGUCUUUCCCCCUUGUACCCCUUUACCUCCUUACAUAUGCCCCAAAGCUAUGACAGUUGGCAAUUGCUUCUUUUGUAUUUUAUGACGUGAACCCGAUAUUGUAAACUUCGGGGUAAGCCUAUAUAAACCAUUGAACACCAAUAAACGAGGUUCCCAUGCUGGCCUGCUUCGGCUUGUAAGUAUUGGGUCCCCUUUGCAAAGGUUUUUGUCUCGUGUUACUUGAUCUCUGAUAGUGGGUUCAUUUGCACUCAACUCCGCACUCUUCCCAGGUGUAAUAAGCGAGUUGGGGUUGACAGGGCGGCUUGCGUGUUGGGUUUGGACCUAACAAUUGGGGGGCUCGUCCGGGAUCCCUUGUGCGGACCCCCUUUUUGCCAUCGCACCCCUUAAUUUGAUAACAGGCGCCACGAGAGAAUUUUCUCGGUUAUCAACAAAAGCGGGCGGCUUUGACACUUUGGGGAUAAAGCACAGUUGAGGAAAAACCCGUUAUCAGACGUAUAAAUAAAGGGAGUGUGCCGGUAAAGGACAGCCCUUUGGGAAUCAUGUGUAUGCUGUGGCAAGAGGAGGAAUUGCCAGUGCGAAGGAGAGGCCUGAAAAAGAAAAAGAUGAUAGAGCUCUGUGAGGAGGAGUGGCCGCGGAUGACUGCAGUGUCGGUGCCGGGUGAACGGUGGCCGAGGGGUGGGUCCUUUGAAACCGCUCCGCUACUGAGAGUGCGGAGACGGAUUGGGGAUACCCACCCGGAUCAAUUGGAAUUUUGGCUCCUAUGGAAAAUAGGGUCGCAAAAAUGGGAUAGUCUUACUUUGAUGGCAGUGAGAACUUUGUCCAUUGAGGAACCCCCUCCUCAUUAUUUUAAUGAUGACACGUCAAGUAAAAGAACGGUCUUGAAUCGUUCUAUAAUACCCUCUGCUCCGGAUCCGCUCCCGGGGGCGGGGAUCCCAAUCCGGAGGAAGGGGCCUUUUCAUUUGUAUCAGAUGAUGAGACAGACGAAAAGGGGAAAGAGAAGGGGGCCUCAGGGGGCAUGGACACGCGCAAGCGAAAAAAAGGAAAAGAAAAGAAAAGAGGCAGAAGCGUUGGAAAUGCCUUUGCUUGUACAUGAUCAGCUGUACGUGGAUGGCCACGGGGGUAUCCAGCGUACUGAGGUGGUUGAACUAAAGAGUUGGUUGGAAUGGGACUUAAAAGAAUGGAGUAGAAUGGCUGGAACCUUCGGGGAACAGCCAAGGAGAAUCAGAGAACUGUUAGGCAGGUUGUUUGAAAGCCACAAUCCGACGUACUCGGAUGUGGAGCAUUUGUUGAGAAGAGUACUGACAGGUGAAGAACGUAGCAGGUUGUGGACAAUGGAGACUGCUUGGGCUGUGGAAGCGGCAACAAAUAGAGCUUGGUCGGACCGAGCACAAACGGCUGCAGCUUGGGCAGCGGGAGACUGGAUGCAGCCUCGCCGCGCUCAGCUGCAGACCGAUAGGGAUAGGAUUUUGACACACUUGGAGCGAAUGUCACAGAAACCCCUCAACCAACCUAAAUGUAUGGCGAUCAAACAAGAAGCCAGCGAACCUCCCAGAAAAUUCUGGUCGCGCUUGUUAGAGGGAGCACGUAGUUAUACUAAUUUGAACCCAGAAAACGUGCUGGACCAUCCGACCCUCAUUGCCAAUUUCGUUCACCAAGCGCAGCCAGCGGUGAGGGAUUACUUUCUGAAUUUCAGACCUGGACGGUGGGGGAGGCUGUGACUGUGAUUCUAGAGGUAGCAGAUUUUGUGUGGGACAAAGAUAAGGAGAAAAGUAGAAAGAAGGAGAAGGAGGAUUUUGAAAUGCUGGCUCUUGCAAUAAGAGGCCAGCCACCAAAUAGAGGAUUUCGAGGUAGGGGAAGAGGUUUUCCGAGGGGGCUGAGAGCCGGAAACCAGAGAGGAAGGGGACAGAUGAGGCAUUCAUGGCAGGGAGAUAGGGCUUGUUUCCAAUGUGGAGAGUACACUCAUUUCAAGAAAGACUGUCCUUGGAGGACAGGGGAUGCUAGGUACACCCCUAACAACCCUUCUUACCCAGAUUUUACAGGUACAAACGCAGAUUUUCCGCCCCCACCUCCACCUGCCGCUCAACAGACACCGGCUUCAUGGGACCAGUACGGCGGACGCCCAGUGAACCAGCAAUGACUAAAUGUGGACAGGGAGGGGUUGGGAGCGGGGCUAAUGAAUCUUAUGUCUCUGGCAGGUUUCUUUCUCUCUCUCUCUCUCCCAAUCCAAGAACCCAGACUGUCCUUAAACAUGCAGGGGCAAACGGUGACUUUUCUGGUGGAUACUGGAGCCACAUAUUCCCUGAUAAAUGUUGCAUCCGAUAGUUGGUUAAGUAAAGAAGUGAAAAUGACAAUGGGGGUAGAUGGAAACCCCACACCUAUGUGCAUAACGUUACCAUUGCAAGUAAAAUACAAUGAUAAAAUGUUUAACCAUGUUUUUCUUUAUUCUGCUUCAUGCCCUAUUUCUUUAAUGGGCCGUGAUAUGUUAUGUAAACUGGAGGCUACCUUAACCUGCACCCCUGACGGGGUGGGUUUGUUGAUGAGUGUAUUGGGGGUGCCUGUGGGGAACACAAUUAAACACAAACAUAUAGGUCACAGCUUACCAGAAGAUCUCGUUGACCUGCCACCCGACUUGUGGGGCACGGAGGAUACGGAUGUGGGAUUGUUGCGAUCGGUAAGCCCUGUCAGAAUUCAGGUAAAGCCAUUCCUCCCGCCACCAAAUGUUGCCCAGUAUCCUCUGUCAUUAGAAGCAAGAGAA